AAAAAAACGAAAUGAAAAUAAGGAAAAACAUACUGUCAUGUUUCUCAAUGUGGGUUUGAAAAAAAAGCAUGUAAAUGUUCGUUUUGGGGAGAUUUUGAAAAACAAAAAGCUGUAUCUUGUGUAAAGGCUUUAGGCUGGGGGAAAGGCUGGGGGAAAGGCUGGGGGAAAGGCUGGGGGAAAGGCUGGGGGAAAGGCUGGGGGAAAGGCUGGGGGAAAGGCUGGGGGAAAGGCUGGGGGAAAGGCUGGGGGAUAUGCUGGGGGAUGGGGGAUAUGCUGGGGGAUGGGGGAUAUGCUGGGGGAAAGGCUGGGGGAUAUGCUUUUAAAUUCAUGCAAUGGAGGGCGAAAUGUAUGGUGGGCAUUUGUAAUAACCCCAAAUAAGUUUGAGGGUCUCCAUGAGUUCUUCAUCAAUGUGAAACUUAAUCAGAGGACUGGAAAUGGGAAAAGGAAGGAUGCAGCGAAUUCACUUCCUCGGUGGGUGUGAGAGGACCUCCACACACUGUGGGAAGAAGCCCAGACUGGUACAGACAAAGGUCUGAGGCAGAGGGAGAUGGGAUGACUCUGACCAGACAGUGAACUCUCCGUGGGGGAGAACGAGAAAAGACAAGGCAGACGCUUGAUAGGAUAGCAGCUCAAGAUAGAAUUCCUAAAAAUGGCCACUGCGUCGUUCCUCCUGAGGGAGGACAUACCACGGCGUUGUCUAUGGUUACACCAUGUAAUAUUAAUGGCGUUAGCACUGCAAUGAUCACGAACACUGUCUGUGUACAGGCAGCAUUUCAUAACUCUAUCUGCUAGCCUAUCAAUGAGCGUUUACACUUUAUUGAUAUGGUGUGGUGUCAAAUAGCUUGACCUGUAAUUACAGCACAGAGACAUGCUGUAUGAUUCUAAUGGACGUAAGUGGUGUAAUUACAUGUAGUUCAUCACCCCCAAUAAAUGGGGGCGGUGCUAGUUCUACGGGCGCCACUCGAGCAUUGCUAAGCAGCACUUUUUGGCUUAUGUUGAUGUACAUAGUUUAUAUUAUCUUGCUUCAUUUAUAUAUGAGAUUAUUUCAAUGUUUUGAAGACAAUUAUAACCAUAUUUGGGUGGUGUAUUUUUUUAUUUAUGAAUGACAAGUCUAGCGGUAUAUGAAAAUACAGUGGUAGAGUAGCAGUAGAAGCUAGAUAACUGUACAUUCAGUCUCCGUUUGAGUGUACUCGUUUUUUAAGUUGUGUAUCUGUGUUAGAUCGUGAAUCACCAUAAGCACUAUAUUCCAGUCCCGCCACAUUAAACAGUUCCUUUACAGACUUUCAGUUCCAAAUGCAAAUGGUUAAUCGAUACAUUGGACUGGAUCGCUUGAAAUAGAGCAAUUUCUCCCCAGGCUCACUUUACCAGGGCCCAAAGACUGAAUUGUCAAGUGUCUAUAUUAAGGCCUUAGAAUAGAGAGCAUAAUUUAUCAUGCCUUGAUACAAGACACCCCUAAUUGCGCAUUGAUUUUCUCCCCAUCUCCGAAAACAUUUUGGCCGAGCUAUAUUGUCAACGAAGGUAACUAUUUGUUUAGAGAACAUACAAUGAAGAAUGAGUCGUUUGUUUUAUUUUCCUGUCAGUUGACAGUAGCUCGUCAAGGCGCAUUUUGUUCUUUCUGAUAAUGAGAUGUCUAACAAUUGUCUGUAUAAUGGCACCUUAUAGUACAUUAUAUUUUAUUAUUGUACUCAAUUAAAUAAAUGAUUGAUACCAAAUGUUAAUUUUGGAAAUGUCAGUACCUAUCGAUACUGUGUAUCUAGAGACUUAUGUCUGACAAACACAGCCGACUCUUUGGUAGGAGUAGAGUCUAGAACGAUAGGAUGUACAAUAGAACAAGACGAGAUAAAGGGGAAUAGAACCGUAGCCGUGAUAGUAUUUGGUCAAUAUUCAACUAACAUGAUAAAUUAUCAGAAAUAUGUCAGAUUUUCAGUACCGGUACUAUGUAUCUGUAAUACAUAAGAAGAUGUGUCUUAUUGAGGGACAGACUCAUUGAUAUAUAAAUGAUAUCCUUAGUACCAGCCAGGUCUCUCCAGCUUUUGUCCUUCACACCAUAGUCCACUAGCUAGAUAACAAUGUGUUAUCCUAAUGAGCUAUUGUUCACCAGCUAAUCUAAAGGCCUGUUAAAUUCCUAUGAGCAGAGGCAACGCUGUGAGUGUAUAUCAGCUCCAGUAGAUUUCCAUUAGCUGUACUAAUGAGUGCAUCCAUACACAGCAUGCUGGACUGAGGUGAGCUACAUGAUGAAAAUAGGUCGUUAUUGGGUUAACAUGCUGACUACAUGUUGCCAAGCAGAGGAAGUGAUAUUUGCCUUGACUCGCUGAAGGAUCAACUUGGAAGUUGAAUGAGGUAGCUAGGUACUAUAUAGUAAGUUGGUAGUAGUUGAAUUGAUAGAUACACAAGGACAGAAUAUAUAGGAAAAAAAGAUAUAUAGAGUUAUGUAGAGAGGUGGAUAUUUUGUUAGUUUAUCGUUUCUAAUCUGAAUUCUAAUUAGGAUGAUAUAUUAUUAUUCAUGUAAAACAUUGACAGUGUUUGUUUGUGUGGAUAGUGGGUUAAAGUAAUACUUGUGAGCCACAGAGGCAAGAGCAGCAGUCACUCACUCCCACCUCCAUCCACACAAACCGGCAGGGACUACAGAUGGUUGCUUGUCAAUCACCCUCUCCUUUCUAAGAAUGUAGCUAGUGGCUAAUUAACAGUGUACCAGUGUUGGUCCAUCUACAGCUGGAACAACAAGAGAGUCUGCACACUACUAGGCAACAAUGGAGGUGCCCACCAGCCAGCCUCCUUAGUCAUUAGAAGCCUGCCUAACAUCUCCAACAGUGAGUGCCCCUUUACUUGGCCUUUGUGAGUCACCAGCACAAAUCUGACAUUUUGCCUGUCAAUCAACUGGGUAAAUAUUGGUUGCCAUGGCGAAAACUGACAAUGGAACUAUAUAUUUUUCUUGUCGAAUGACAUCAUCAAGUGAUGUUCUGGCUUGUGUUCAUAGGAUAAAAUGGGAGAGAACCUGUGUGGUUUGACUAAGUCGCAAACUGUCUGAAACUGUCCUAUUAAUGUGAGAUGUAUAGAUUUGAAUUUAUGACACAAUAUAAGAUUGGGUUGUCAUGACACUGUUGUUUCACCAGAACAAUUUUGAAACUUCUGAAAAACUAUGACAAUCAGGUAAUAACAAUUAACAAAGACAAAUUUCAUUUUUGUCAGUGCGAGAACUAAUAACAAAUAUUAGGUUGUUUUAGCAAUCCAGUGGAUGGGUCUACUCUAGAAUGCUUGGUUAGUGUUUGCGGACAUCGUAUGGAGAUGUCAUGCCCAUCUCUCUCUCUCGUUGCACCUCUGGCCCACUUCCUCCUCCCUCCUCCUUUCCCUCAAUGUGGAGAAAACCUUCUACCUGUGCCCCCCCCCCUAUGCCAAUCCCACUGCCUGCUGCCUUGCCACCUCUCUGUAUGCCAGGUUCCAACCCUGGUAAAUCUGUGAUAUUGAUUUGUGAGUGUGUGUGUCCGUGUGUGUGUGUGGAUUAUCUGACCUUCACAUGGCAGGCAUGUUGGUUUCAAUCUACCCCUGGACCUCAACAUUAUUAUUUCUGUCUGUGUUGACUUUUCAAGAUUGCAUCGAUAUAACUUACUGAACAAAACAGAGGAACACAAACAGCAUCGUCUUCCAUCUUGACAUAUUUCUGUGCGGUGAAGCGAUGAUGAUUAUGACGACUCUUUUGAUUCAUUUGAUCUCUGUUCUGUCUCUGUUUUUGUCCUUUCUAAGUGUGUGGACAAUUUUUCCCCCCCAAAAUCUAUAGAAGUGGAGUUAAAAAAAUAAAAUAUAUCAGAGGGAGAAAAAUGAAUAAAAUAUGUUGUUUUUAACAGAACUCUGUGUGAGUGUUUGAUUGUUGUCAUUGUUUAAUGUGACAUGUUGUUGCCUUCUCAGCCCCUGUGGUUGGAAAGCGGGGUUAGGUGAGCUGAGUUUCCUGAGUUUGCUUCCAGCAACAGAGUCAAACCUUUCACAUUUGCUUGAUGCCACUACAAAGUUGUACAUUGGCUUUUUGAACAGGAGUAAAUCAUGAGGAUAUUUCAAUAGAGAGGAAAACAGUCAGCUGAACGUCCAACAUCUAGUAAUACAUCAUCAAAAUGACCUUAUAGAAUUCUGUCAAUUAUUUACACACUUUCAAAGAGAGUAAAGAUCACUGAGAGAUGGAUGGAAACGGCAGUUUACCAAUACAUGUCAGAAACAGUUGCCAAAUGUUAUGCAAAUGUUUCUGUUGAGGUGCACAGAGUAGGUCAGUCCCCACUUGUCUUGUUUAUGGGACGGGGAACACAUUUCAUCCAGUGAAAGGGCUAUAAGAGGCUAUUUGUUUCCAUUUCUGUCAAGUUGUUGUUCUGCUUCUGGCUGUGAGUGGUGCAGGUUCGGGGGUCAGCUUUUGGGUGAGAUCAAAGCUGUGGUAAAACUAAGUGGACACUGGAGUCAACUAAAGUAAACACAAAGUAAACUCGGAGUGCCGUUUUUUAAAUGCUUUACCCUAAACAUUAGACUGAUGACGAUGAGUCGCACCACUCAUAUUCUAAAGUAUCCUAUACAUGGAGUAUGACAUACUGCACUAUUCUCUUAUUCACCAGAACCCGUGUAAACCAUACAAAACCUGCUCUUCUACAUAUUCUUCUACAAAAACGGUCAUAAUAAAAAUAAACCAAACUUUUUGUACUCAAAACUAAUUUCAGCUUAGAUGGUCUGAAAUGAGAGAGAAUCUCAAAUGUUGACAUUUUAUUCUUCACACAUUAACCACUUUGUUGUUCAGUAAUUAGCUAACUGACAUCCUGUUCAAUGAGCACCUUAUCAUUGUGAAAUAGACUGAUGGUUUUGCUUUGUUUGUUUCUGUACACUGCAUUUUGCUUACUGUUGCAUUGCGGUUUGUGCAGACACCAAGAGCGAGGCCUAUUUGUCUGCUAAGACAGGCUCGUGUCGUCUUUGACGUAACAGGCGCUGAGAUUUGUCUUGUUUUGGAGCAUGGCCUAUUAAUGAACAUUGGAACAUAAUGAAGAAAAAAAAAAAAAACAUCUCAUUGUCUUUGGAGGGAAGCUUGACAUUCAAAGUCACUGUUCGAACAGUCCUUUCACCACUGGAGUUUGUAAUGAGAAACAAACGCAUGACAAAUAUCCUGGACCUGUGUGUGCUUCUGUUGAUAGCAGGCCCAAUACCAGCCCCAUUAAGGAUGGUAACAGCAGAGGGGUUAAAGGUGAGGCAGUGGCCCCCCUCACUCACUGUAAUGCGGGGUCAGAGUGCCAACCUGUCCUGCCGUUUCGAGGCCACGUCCUACGGGGUGGACUGGUUCAAGAUAGAGGGGGGCGAAAAGAUCCCCAUCCCAGAUUCAGCUGGGCAGACGUCCCUGGUGAUUACCGAGGUGUCCGUGGAGGAUGCCGGUGUGUAUUACUGCGAGGUCAACGUCCUACACAGAGAUUCAGAGCGAGGGGGCGGCACAAAGCUCAUUGUCCUGGCACCCCCCUCUGUGCCUCAACUCCUCCUCCAGGUCCCCUCAGACUCCCAGACGGACCAGUGGGCUCUCCUCUGCGUCACCGGUGGGUUCUACCCACACCACCUCACCCUAAGCUGGACACACCAGAGUGGAGAAGAUAGCCCCCACCACUUUGUUGGCCGCAACUGCACCAUUCACCCUGACUACCAUGACGUCAACCAAUCACACAGCCUAAUUCCAAAGAUCUCAACUCCUAAUUGGACGGGAGAGUGUUUACAGGUGACGGACAGCUCCAGAACGGAAGUGUAUGUAAUCAGUGUGCUGUCCCUCCCCCCGCGGGGGUCUGUGGAUGCUGGGAUCUUCUACACAUGUAGUGUGCAGGAUCACCCUGCGCUGGACUCCCCCCUGUCUGCCUCCUUCACCUGGGACGCAGCUCCCAAUGAGGUGAUUGGAUGCUUGAAUAUCCUUAAGGUCUGUGUCCUCUGUGGAGUGACUGUGGUGUUUUCCAUUGCAACACUGACAAGUUUGUGUGAGAGAAAAAAAAGACCUCGUGUGUCCCAUGUACUCAAAUAAAGGGAGAAAACAAAGGACAUUUGAGAGAAAGAAAACAAAGGAUCUGAACACACCAAGAGCAUCCGAUUUUCCAUAAAUAAUAGGCUACCCACGACAGCUUCUACACAGAUCUUUACUGCAUGAUACAUUUCCUGAUCAGAUGGCACACUUUUUAUGACAAAGAGUAUGCUGGGUUUUAACUGAGGGACUUUUUUGGGGGGUGGGGGGGUGGGCCAGUAGUUUUGUCUAUAAGCACAUGCCACAGCGCAUUUUUUUUUUUAAAACUAGCUCCACACUCUCUCACUUGUCCUCACAUGAUGUAUAUUCUACCCAGCUCACACGUUCUGUAACAUCCCCAAAUCAUAAUGCAAAAACUGAUGCUAUGUGAAACUUUAGGUCUAUUGUUGCGUGUUGAACAGAAGCCAUUUUGCAAUCGUGUCAAGUGCCACUGUGCUGCUGAAUGCAUUUAGUAGUCAUAGUAUACUCUAGUGUCAAAAUGAAUGUCUCAUGGAUGGUAUGCAACAAUCAAGUCAACCUCUGUUGGAGGUAUAAGCCCUGAAUAACCGGAUGGAAUCAAGUCAAAGCACUUCCUGGUGUGAAAGUUUCAAACCUAUGUGUUUACGCUGGUGGUGUGGGCUUUCCUUGCACGUGUAUAGUAUACAUGCACCACCCGUGAUACCUUAUCAGAGACUAUAGUCUCUGUGUAAAUAUUGGAGAUGCUCAUCAAUUAUCAUGAGUUACACUGUAUUGGGAAGUAUGUCUGAAGGGAUGGUCAUCAUGUUAAACAGGUUAUGACUCCAAAACAACCUGAUUAUGUUCAAGUAUUCCAUUGCCAACCUUUUUUGCCUGUAAUUGUGUAACCGAUUCAAUACUGGUCCACUAUUAUCGUAUUAUUGUUCCUGUAAUUGUGUAACCGAUUCAAUACUGGUCCACUAUUAUCGUAUUAUUGUUCCUGUAAUUGUGUAACCAAUUCAAUACUGGUCAACUAUUAUCGUAUUAUUGUUCCUGUAAUUGUGUAACCAAUUCAAUACUGGUCCACUAUUAUCGUAUUAUUGUUCCUGUAAUUCACAAAAUGAACACGGUUUUAUUUCAACAUCAAUGUCUUUAUUUGGUCCCACAAU